AUGGCUAAUGGCAACAAAUUACAUUUACAGAUCUUUGAAGAUCCGAGAAGACAAAUUACCGACUGUGUAACGCUAAUAAGCAGCGAUGAAUUCAACAAUAAUGCUUUAAAUUACGUUCACAGAAAGCUUGAUCAAAUCUGGAGAGAGGUAUUCAGACUAACAGAAGUCAAUAUUGUGGAUGAAUACACUUUGCAUUGUGUAAGUGAUGCCAUUGCCUGCCUUCAACGGGUUGAAGAAGUCGAAUAUAGUACCCGUUAUCAGGCUCCUCUAGUUAAUGAUGGAAGUACAGGUCGACCAGUUUUUAAUAUUACACAUGACCAACUUCAUUUUUUCCUGGCACAUGGAUUUACAGGCCCAGCAAUUGCUAAUAUCACUGAAGUAUCACUGAGAACAGUACGUCGACGGAUCAACCAGUACGGACUUUUUAAAGAUGUGUUUCGAUCAGAUGUCACAGAUGCUGAGCUUGAUGACAUUGUUUCCAAUGUCAUGGAGCAGUUUCCAAAUAUCGGGUACCGCCUGUUGGAAGGGGAACUUAGAAGGAGGAAUAUAGUUAUAAUGAGGGCAAGGUGCAGAGAGGUGCUUAGAAGAUUAGACCCUGUCGGUGUUGUGGACAGGUUACACAGUUUAUGCUAUAGAAGGAAGUACUCUGUAUAUGGCCCACUGGCAAUUUGGCGUGUGGAUGGAAACCAUAAGUUAAUAAGGUAAACAGGUAGGAAUUUUGAGGGUGGGAAAGGGUAUUUUCGUGAGCUGUGAAUGGUCAAUAUUUGUUUGUGUGAAAUGCUUGAUUUUAAUAGUGUUGUGAAAUGUGAUUUGUUCUACAGCCGUGAGACAUGAUUGUCGAUAAAAAUGCUCUGUGAAAUGAGAAUUAAGGAUGUCUGUUUCGUGAACUGUGAUUUUGCCUUCUUUAUUUCGAUCUAUUUUAUAAUAGUCAUAAUAGAUAUGAUAUGCGAUAAUCAAUUUAUAUGAUCUCACACGAUUGCACAACAGCACAAGAGUAAAAACUUCGGAGGCCUUUCGGAGCUCGUCAGACAUACUCGUCACUCAAACUUGUAAGUUAGGUAGAGAAGUGAGAGAACUUAAAUACUGUACCAUGCAUUAUUAUUAAAUAUACUCUCAAAUAAACCUAUUAUUAUUAUAUUAUUUUAUUACAAUCUAAUUUUCCAUGAAAUUGCUUUUUUAAGACAUGUGAAUCGUGAAACAGCUUUUUUCGUUGUGAAACGUGACCCAUAUCCCCUUUCCCACCCUCAAUUUUAUCUGCGCUGGCGCACACGAAAAAUCCUUAAACUUACUAAAAUGGUUAGGCUUAAUAUUUUUUGGGAAGCAAGCAAUACUAAGAUUGGCAAGUCCUUACAAGAAUUUACAUUAAUUUAUUUAAAAAUUAUGGGAAAAUGGUAUGUAUAAAAGAGUAACUGUAAUUGAAAUGUGACAAUACUUAAAGUAUUUAUUUCUAUGACGAACUUAAAAUGGAAAACGCUAAAUUUUCAACCUGUUGAGUGUUGUAAAAAAUCUAGUCGAGAGCGUCAAAAUGACAGUAUCUCUAACUGAAUUAAAAAAAUUCUGCUGAGCCUCAAAACCAAAUAUGGUUUAAUUAGACUGCUCCUUAAAACAUACUUUGUAUUGGGAGAGAAUUUGUUCAACCUCAAAAUUCGCAAUUUUUGUUGGAUUUUUUGGACAUUUUUAUUGGAAUCCAAGGUAUUUCCUUUGUUAAACGAUUCACAAAAGUUUCCUUUUUAUAGCUAAACUUUUUUAUCCUCCUAACGUUCUCAUACCUUUCUGGCCUCCCCAAUAAUGCAAUAGAUUAAAAUGAACUGUUGAUGAUAGUAAAAGUACCAGAAUGCCCAAAGAUGGCAAAGCCAAGGGGCCAGCUGUGAUGACUCAUUUGAUGCUUGAUUACUAUUCUGCAGCAUUUGUUCAUACAUUUUCAUGUAGAUGGCGACUUGUUAUACAUGGAGGAAUCGAUGGCUACACAAGAUUCCCUGUUUAUUUGCAGUGCUCAAACAAUAACCGCUCAGAUACAGUCUUAGAGUUAUUUGCAAAUGCUGUUAGGGAGUAUGGUCUCCCUUCCCGAGUGCGAUCAGAUAAAGGUGGGGAAAAUGUUGGCAUUUCUAUGUAUAUGUAGGAGCAUCCUUUACGAGGACCUGGCAGAGGGAGUAUGAUUUGUGGUAAAAGCGUUCAUAAUCAACACAUUGAACAACUCUGGCGUGAUGUUUUUUCAGGUGUAACCCAUAUAUACUAUCAGUUAUUUUACUAUAUGGAGGAAAAUGGUGUACUGGAUCCAAUAAAUGAAAUUCACUUGUUCUGCCUUCAUUAUGUCUAUUUACCUCGCAUAAACAAGCAUUUGAAACUUUGGAAAGAAGGCUGGUUGCAGCACAGGAUUUGCACAGCAGGGAACCAAACACCUAUGCAAUUGUAUAUGUCCGGCCUUCUUCAUAACUCAAAUUCUCAGCAUAGAACAUCAACAGAAAUUAAUGAUCAUCUUAGCCAAGUAAGUAGUAAAUUUUCACAUCUUCUAAAUAGAAUAAUAUUUGUAAUAUGUCUUCAAAUGCAUCAAAAAUGCUCGAUAGGAUGGUGAAUAUGCAUUUUUACUGAAAUAUUUGCUCUUUAUAACUUUUCAACACACUAACAACAGUUACACAAGUCAUUUCCUUAUUUUUUCAGGAAGAAUUGAUGAUUAUGGAAUUGACUGGGAUGGUCCUCUUGUAGAUCAAGCAGAAUUAGAUCACAGUGUUGACGUGCCUGAGCUACCACAUAUUAUAACUCAUGAAAUGGAGCAGGAAUUGAGGCAGUUGAUUAAUCCACUUCAAUAA